UGUUUGAAUAAGAUCGUCACAUCCGCGUUAAACUUUUUUCAGGAAGUUAUCCAUCCCGCACAACGCACAUACUUCAUGUUUCUGCUGGAGACCUCGUUCACACACAGAACCCUGUGAUGAAGACCGUCCCUAACUAAUUCCCAUUAUGGAUCUCAUCUGGAGUCAUCCAUGGCACACUUCGGCACUGUGACGGUUGUUUAAUAAAACAACGGGAAGUUUGGCGAGAUGCGGCUCUUUGGACUUCUGCUGCUGUAUCUCUCUUUCUGGACGUCGCAUUCAGUGUUUAAAAUACCUCUGAAGAUAUUUGCGGGGAAGUUUAACGCGUCCGUGCAGUUGGACCUCAGGCCUUUGACACAGAAUGAAGACAAAGCUGACAGAGGACUCUCUCUGGCGUCCGAUCCCGCCGGUACUGUCAACUUUCUGGACAUGAUCAACAAUUUAAAAGGAGACUCUGGUAGGGGAUAUUAUAUGGAGAUGGUCAUAGGAACUCCUGGGCAGACGCUGAACGUCCUGGUCGAUACUGGAAGCAGCAACUUCGCUGUAGCUGCAGCAGCACAUCCCUACAUAACACACUACUUCAACAGAGCGCUUUCCAGUACAUAUCAAAGCGCUGGGAGGGCCGUUGCGGUUAAAUACACGCAGGGGGAAUGGGAAGGUGAACUUGGAACUGACCACAUCACCAUUCCUCAAGGACCCAGUGAAACCAUCAUCAUCAACAUAGCUGCCAUCCUCGUCUCAGAAGGCUUCUUCCUGCCUGGGAUCAACUGGCAGGGAAUUCUGGGCCUUGCGUAUCCUCUUCUGGCUCGACCCGAUCCCUCAGUAGAGCCCUUCUUCAACUCUGUUGUGCGGCAGGCUGGCAUUCCAGAUGUCUUCUCUCUCCAGAUGUGUGGAGCAGGAGUCUCUGCCAGCACUACAGCCGACCCAGUGGGCGGCAGCCUGAUCAUGGGAGGGGUUGAGCCAACCUUAUACCGUGGUUCUGUUUGGUACACCCCAAUCCUAGAAGAGUGGUACUACCAAGUGGAAGUGUUGAAGCUUGAAGUUGGAGACCAAAAUUUAAAUCUAGACUGCAAAGAGUACAACUCGGAUAAAGCCAUAGUGGAUAGUGGGACGACUCUACUUCGACUGCCUGGAAAUGUGUUUAAUGCAGUGGUGGAGGCCAUUAUGGAAUCAUCAUUGAUUCAAGGCUUCUCAGCUGGAUUCUUUGAUGGCAUCAAGUUGGCAUGUUGGGUGAGAGGAGAAUCACCAUGGAGGUUUUUUCCUAAAAUCUCAAUCUACCUCAGAGCAACAAACACCAGCGUGUCUUUUCGCAUCACCAUUCUCCCACAGCUGUACGUGCAGCCUGUCACAGAUAUUGACGGUACGUUGGACUGUUUUCGUUUUGGAAUCUCCCCUUCAGCCAACGGAUUAGUCAUUGGAGCUACAGUGAUGGAGGGCUUCUAUGUCAUCUUUGACCGUGACAAAAAGAGGGUGGGCUUCGCUGUUAGCACCUGUGCAGAAAACGGCGGUGUACCACUGGCGGAGAUCGCUGGGCCUUUCCUAGCUGAGGGUGUAGCGUCAGACUGUACGGCCGGCGUGUCUCUCAGAGAGCCUUUGAUGUGGGUGAUCGUGUACGCUCUGAAGGCCGUAUGUGCCCUGGUGCUGACCAUACUCCUCAUUCUGCUAAUACUACCCUGUCGACGGCACAGAGACGGCGAGAUCACUGAUGAGUCGUCACUGGUGCGCCAUCGCAUCAAAUGACGUCAGGGCUCCAAAGAGACCUCAGGACAAGUAACAGGGGUGAAUAUAUUGCACUGAACCCUGGAUGAAAUCUCUAGAUCACAUGCACCUGUUUAGCGGGAUAUGCUGGGAUUUGGACAUCUGUGGACACAUUUUCUGUACGAUUUAAACUGUUUCGGACGGGAUAAAACUAUAGAAGGAUGAACAAAUCAGGAUUAUACCUUUGACGUUUUUAGUUGAAUGUAUAUUUGUCAAGAAAAGUAUGAAUAUCAAUCUGGUGUUGACUAGAGUAUAGCGGGCAGGCAGACUGCAUUCUGAUCUGUUUAGUUAAAUUAUUCUGCUCCUCUUAAUAGUCUCGAAUAUGAUUCUGUUAAUAAAACUACUGAAAGUCGACUGAAGGUUUGGUCUCUCAGGUGCCUUUUACAAUGGCCCCAAAAAGUAUUUAGACACUUAAAGGAGUAGUUCACUUCAAAAUUUGCCCCCAUUCACUUUCCAUAGCCAUUUUUAUUCCUACUAUGGAAAGUCAAAUGAACUACUCCUUUAAGAAAACACAUCUAUAUUUACCUCAUCAUUCCAGAGAGUUGUAGGAUUUUCUUCUCUGUAAAACACUAAAUUUAUGUAUAAAUGGUUUGGCUAAUUCAAUAAGAAUCUACAUAAUAUCUUUUAACACUUAAAAAAUAAACACAAAUUCCUGCAAAUAAUGUCUUAAACACCAAUUGCUUUUGAUAAAAAACAACAACUUUAAUAAAAUCAUGGUAGCGUGAUACGGCAUAAGGAUGAUGAUACAAAUGUAAUUUUUGGGUGAACUAGUCCUACGAUAUAUGAUUGCACUAGCAAAAUAAAAAAAAAUUGUUGUCAUAGUUUUUAAGGAUGGUGAUAAAGAACAGUAACAAAAAACAGAUACCAAAAAUGUAUUCUUUAUAAAUAAAACAUGAAUUUUUAUGAGAUUUUAUGACUUAAUAAAUACACAUUAUUCCAAAUAAGUAUUGCAAAUAAAUUACUUUUAUGCCUGGAAACCAGGCCCAGUACUAGGCUGGUUCGACUGGGGGGGCAAUUACAUAUUCCAGUUGGGCAGAUAUAUAAUCAAUGUUCAUUGCAUGCAUCAUUUUACAUUUUUUCUGAUUAAAUUGACAGAUCAAUAUUUAAUAGAGACGCAAAUAUAAGCAUAUAGUAAGUAUUUAAUUUUUAAUCAUUUGAGUUGUUGUUGGAUAUUUGUGAAGGGGUCCAAGAAAAAAUUGGAGGGGCAAUGCCCCCCAGACCCGGCCCUGCUGGAAACUGACUUUGCCCUCUUAUAUUUAAGCAUUUUGCCAGAAGUCACCUCAUGUCAGAGGUCAGCCACACGCCACUGAACCACAGUUUAUCAUAUUAACUUUGGACAUGUUUAGUAACUUUAGGACCCGGUUUCACAGACAAGGCUUAAGGCUAGUCCCAGACUAAAAUGAAUGUGUGACCUGUCUAAACUAAAUGUAAUUUGCCCAGAAAUAUCUUAAAGUAUAUCAGUGCCAUUGUUUUGUCACAAGACGCUCACCAGUAAUGUAUUCUUCUAAGGCAUUUUUAUAAAAGCGACAUAAAUAACUUAAUUCAACUAAGGCACAGUCCUGGCUUAAGCUAAGCCGUGUCUGUGAAACCGGGCCUAGGUGUCCUAAUACAUUCAUGACUUAAUAUUUUAAUUGUUUUGUUUGAGAAGUGUGCUUAAAAAUAAAUGCCAGUUGGUUUGAUAUGUUGUUUGUGUAUUACAAUACGCAUUUGUCCUAAUUCUGAUCAAGUUCAAUUCGAAUGUCAUUUAAAUGUCACAAAUGCAUUUCUUUUAUUCUGUGUCCAUUUACAUUAAAAUGAUAAUAUUUGCGUUUACAUUUUAAAAUGACCGUAUAAAAGCAUUAUGGUAACAUCCAUCUUGCUCUUACAUUAGUUGCUUGAAUUUCUUCACAAGAAAACUCAUAUAGAGCCAUUACAUUGUUUAUUGUGACAUACUGUAUGCUUUCAAAACUUUUGUGUAUCCUGUUUGUAUAACACUUUUGAAAAUAUAAACAGCUUUAAAGCAGCUUUACAAACAACUGAUUUCACAAACAAUCAAAAGCUUACAAGAUAUUUAAAAAAUCUUUGUUUCCAAACCUUUGCAAGUAAUAAAGAAUUAAG